GCCAGCCGUGACCCCGAGACCAGCCCGGCGGAGGGGCGCGCGGCCUCCAGCCCCCCUGUGGGUGGGGAGCUUUGACCCCUUGGCAACUCGCGGGGGAGUUCCGGCUGGCCGUGCGUGAGUGCGCCGGCCGUACCUGGACACGUUUGCCGGGGACUCUGCCGCUUCGCGAAGCGUCCCGGGCGCUUUGGCCGGGGCGCCUUCGAUUUGCACGCACGCAUCUGGUUUUCCCCUUCGGGAGUUCCCAUGCCGCUGUCUUUCCGUCCUCCUCUGCCUUUGCUUGCCCCAGACUCGCUUGGCCUUUGCCCAGUCUGGAGUCAUUCUGUGUGAGCCCGCGUGUUGGCUGUAUUUAUUUAUAUAUAUAUUUUUACUUUUUGCACACUUGCGGCUGCCUCUUGUCUUUUGAAAACCCGAUCCCCACACCCGGCGGGCUUCCAGAGCACGAUCCUGCGCCCCUCGCCCUCCGGCACCCGGCCGCUCCACAGCAGGGUUUGCUCCCUCUCGCCCGGGCCGAGCCCGGCCGGGCCGGGUGGCUCAGCCGGACUUGCACCGGGCGCUCCGCCGCCGCCGCCGCCCAGCAGCGCCAGGGCGCGCUCCGGAGAUGCUGCCCUGGAAGAAGCACAAGUUCGAGCUGCUGGCCGAGGCGCCGCCGCGGCAGGCGUCCAAGCCCAAGGGCUACGCGGUGAGCCUGCACUACUCGGCGCUCAGCUCGCUGGCACGGGCUUGCCCCGAAGGCGCGCUCAGCCGGGUGGGCAGCAUGUUUCGCUCCAAGCGCAAGAAACUGCACAUCACCAGCGAGGACCCCACCUAUACGGUGCUCUACCUGGGCAAUGCCACCACCAUCCAGGCGCGCGGGGACGGCUGCACCGACUUGGCCGUGGGCAAAAUCUGGAGCAAGAGCGAAGCGGGCCGUCAGGGCACCAAGAUGAAGCUGACGGUGAGCGCGCAGGGCAUCCGGAUGGUGCACGCCGAGGAGCGCGCCCUGCGCCGCCCGGGUCACCUCUACCUGCUGCACCGGGUGACCUACUGCGUGGCGGACGCGCGGCUGCCCAAGGUCUUCGCCUGGGUUUACCGGCACGAGCUGAAGCACAAGGCGGUUAUGCUGCGGUGCCACGCGGUGCUCGUGUCUAAGCCCGAGAAGGCGCAGGCCAUGGCCUUGUUGCUCUACCAGACAUCGGCCAACGCGCUGGCGGAAUUUAAACGCCUCAAGCGGCGGGACGAUGCGCGCCACCAACAGCAGGAGCUGGUGGGCGCGCACACCAUCCCGCUCGUGCCGCUGCGCAAGCUGCUGUUGCACGGACCUUGCUGCUACAAGCCGCCGGUGGAGCGCAGCCGCAGCGCCCCCAAGCUCGGCUCCAUCACCGAGGACCUGCUCGGCGAGCAGCAGGAGCAGGAGCUGCAGGAGGAGGAGGAAGAGGAGCAGCCCGAAGGCUGCGCGGAGGAGGAGGAGGAGGAGGACUAUGGCGUCGAGGGGGGCCGUGCGGAGGAGGAAGAGAAGGAGGAGGAGGAGGCCGAGACGCCGCGGACCCUGGUUGUGGCCAUGCAUUUUGAAUGCGGGGACUUGCUGGACACGCUGGAGAGCGGCCGCGAGGAGGCACUGCGGGCCGAUGGCGUCUCCCUGGGCCCCGGGGCCGGGUCGCCGCCCGUGCUGCUGGGCCGCGCCGCCGACAUGAAGGCCGAGCUGUCGCAGCUCAUUAGUGACUUGGGAGAGCUCAGCUUCGGCAACGACGUGCACAGCCUGCAGGCCGACCUGCGCGUGACGCGCCUGCUGUCGGGCGAGAGCACGGGCAGCGAGAGCUCCAUCGAGGGCGGGGGCCCGGAUGCCACCGCCGCCACCCCUGGAGACCCGUCCGGCCCGGCCGACGGCGCCAGUCCGGACGAGCCCCGCUCGGGCUGAGCCUCCCGCGGCCACGGCCUCCCGCGCCCCCGGCGCCAGCUGGGACCCUCCAUCCUUUCCCCGGGAAAGGGGGCGCGAGGCGCCCGGGCCCCUCUCCCCCAGCCCCGCCGCGUCUGCUUGUUUGGCCGCCGAGGUGCGGAGUGGUGGGUCAGAGGGACACCCCCAACCGGAGCCCCGAGCAGCAGCUGGGGCGCGACGCGGGGGAAGAGGGAAAGAAAGGACCGGCUGAAGUUUGCAAAGUCGCAGGCGAGAGGUGCCUGCCGGCCCGUUUCCUGUUUGUGGAGCUGCUGGGGCCUGGGAGGAGGGGUAACUUCCUCCCCCAGCCCCUACUGGGAGCGGCCUGGCUCUGUCAUUGACCUGUCAUUAAAAAAACAAAAAUUGCUGUCACCAUGUUUGAGGCUUCAAUGCCACCCCUGUCCCCAGUCCUUUUUGGUGCGAGAGCUUGGGUUGUUUACCUCAGACUCAGACCCUUGACAUUCUGCCAAAUUCCUCAAAUAACUUUUUUUUGGGGGGAAGGGGUGGGGUGGGGAUGAAAGUUGCAUUUUGUUUACAAAGACAACUAAUAUCUUAAAAAAAAGGAAUUUUCCUUAGAAACACAUACACACCGUUCUGCUCGAAAGAGCCCACUCCAUGAUCUGUGUAAAAUAUUUUUGCACUGUUGUGAAGUAUUUUUGACAUCUCCUUUUCUGUUUUGUUUUGUACAUAACUGUGUCCUCAGAGCUUAAUGUUUAUAUCUUUUGCUGUGCAAAAGGGACGUGUGAAAUGUUCAGUUGUAUAUACAGAAAUGUGUAUAAAACAUUUUGUUAUUUUUUAA